AGCCCAAAACUUUUUAUAUGUUGGAAGUAAAUAAAUGACUAUACACUGACGAGCUUAAUUUCAUCUGUUUUUAAUUUCCCUACCUUUUCUCUCUGACCCCAGCCUAAGAUUCGAUCCUCUUAACCUCACAAAACCUUCGAUUUGGUCAGGGUUUUGAAUGUUUGAUUCAUUCAUUUGAAGAUGAGUUCAUUUUCAAUCACGCGCAAGAAAACCCCUUUCCAGAAGCACAGAGAAGAGGAAGAAGCCAAGAAGAAGAGGGCGGAGGAUGAAACAGCUCGAUUGUAUGAGGAGUUUGUGGCGUCAUUUCAGGGAGAUAAUGCUCCAGGGUCGAAGGCAUUUGUUCGUGGUGGAACAAUCAAUCCCAAUGAGAGAUCGAAGUCCGAUUCUGAAGGUGAAAAGUCCAAAGAUGGGGUGUCUGUUCCAAAGAAGGGAAGUAGGUAUGUUCCAUCUUUCAUACCACCUCCUAUGGCAGCCAAGGGAAAGGAAUCUGAGAAGAAGAAGGAGGAGGAAAGGCUGAAGGAGAAAGAGAAGGGAAAGUCUCGAAACAUUGAUAAUUUUAUGGAGGAGCUGAAGCAUGAACAAGAGAUGAGGGAGAGGAGAAAUCAGGAACGUGAACAUUGGCGUGAUGGGCGUCAUACUGACAGUUCUGCUCCAUCCAGUCGGUUUGAUGAACUGCCUGAUGAUUUUGAUCCGAGUGGAAAACUGCCUGGAUCAUUUGAUGAUGGUGAUCCACAAACGACAAAUCUCUAUGUUGGAAAUCUGUCACCAAAGGUUGAUGAAAAUUUUCUUCUGCGAACUUUUGGAAGAUUUGGGCCUAUUGCUAGUGUGAAGAUUAUGUGGCCUAGGACAGAGGAGGAGCGGAGACGGCAAAGAAAUUGUGGCUUUGUGGCUUUCAUGAAUAGAGCUGAUGGACAAGCUGCAAAAGAUGAAAUGCAAGUUGUUGCUUCAUUGUGUUUAUAUUACCACAGGCAAAAGUUGAGACGUCUGGAGGUUGAUUUGAUAGAAUAUCGAGAAUCCCUUGAGGAGCGGGGAAUUAAAAGUGCUGAGGAUAUUGAGAGAAGGGUUGCAGCUCAUCGGAAACGGCUAGAAUCUGAUUAUGGUUUAUCAGAUUCUAGUGAAGAUAUUUCAGGAAGAAAAAGAACAUCGUCAGAGAGGAGAGAAAGGCGAGAUGAUGCGCAUGAUUCUUCAAGAAAGCGGCAUCGCAGUCAGAGCCGAAGUGAGAGCCCUCCACGGAAAUCAUCAAACAGAGACAGGGAUAGAGAAAACGAUUCAGUUAAUGACCGUGAAAAGCACAGGGAUAGAGAUAGAGAUAGAGAUAGAUCUCAUGAUCUGGAAAGUGAUAGGGGGAGAGAUAGAGAGCGAGACCGUCGGGAAAAGAGCGGAAGCAGAGAAAGGGAUGAUCACGAUAGGGAUAGAGGCAGAGAGAGAGAUAGGGAUAGGAGGAGGCGAAUAAAAUGAGGUUUUUUAGUUUGUGGCAUACCUUACCCCCGCUUUCUUUUCGAGCAUUGCUUAUGGGCUAUUCUUGACCCGGUUGGUUUCUCAUCUCGGUAGUCUGGUUCGAGAUGAAUAGGUGCCUUGGUUUGUGUUUGGAGGCUGCAGCACAUCUGCCAUUCGAAAAUCGGUUACAAACAAUGCUAAAGUGCAGAAAUUCCAUUUGUGGGAGCCUAUGAGAUUAAAUCUGGUUCUUGUUGAACCAUAUUGUAGCAAAAUGUAUUUUUAUUUCCCUUGCUUUAUAAUUUAAUGGUUCUCUUUGAUGCUUUGAUUAUUA